AUGGAAGCGUCAUUACAAGUCCUGAACCAGAGCUACAACUCCGACGUCGAGUUCGUGCCCACCAUCCACGCGCUCGAGAACGUCAGCGACAUCCAUCUGCUGGAGCAACUCCCGGACUCCUCCAAGCACCUCUUCACUUUCAAUGAACCGGACGGGACCAAAGAUUCGGGCGGCUCGGGCAUCGACCCGGCCGCGGCCGCCCAGGUCUACAUCGACAAGAUCGUGCCCCUGCGCAGCCGCUGGGAGAUCUCGCAUCCUAGCGUCACGGGCUCGGAGCGCGGCCUGGCUUGGCUCGACUCCUUCAACGCCUCGUGCUGGGCCAUCGACCCAGCCGCCGGGUGCCCGGCCGACUUUGUCGUCGCCCAUUACUAUGGCGACUUCGUCGGCCUGUCUUGGUGCGUUGGGCAGCUGGCUAGUUGGUACCGCAUUACGGUCGACGAAGGGGCCGGACCAGCAAACCGAGACCUGAAGAUAUAG